CAGAGAUGGUGAUUUGAAGAAUCAUACUUCCAAUAUGAACAAAGCAAAAGCAUCAUCUGAAAAAAGUGUUUCUGCCAAUUCUCGGACUAUAUCCCUGCUGUCACAGCUGGAGAAGAUAAAUUCGGACUCUGUGUUAGGAGAAUCAGACAGUGCCAGACAUGUUACCUCAAAGAUCCUUCAUCUGGUCCAGAGUCAAGAAAAAACCAGGAAGGAGAUGACUUCUAAGGGCUCCACUGGAAUAGAAGUUAUCCUGUCAACCCUAGAGAAUACAAGAGAUCCUCAAACUAUUCUAAAUAUAUUGAAUAUUCUCAUUGAGAUAGUCUCAGUUGGUUGUGGUCGGAGAGCAAGCGUCUUAGUCACUAAAGGAGGGACACAGAUCUUGUUACAGCUGCUUUUGACUGCCAGCAAAGACUCUCCACCAAAUGAAGAACUAAUGGUGCUUCUUCAUACUCUCCUUGCAAAAAUUGGUCCAAAAGACAAGAAGAUUGGUGUGAAAGCAAGAAUAAAUGGUGUCCUAAACAUAUCAUUGAAUUUAGUGAAGCAUAAUUUGCAGAACCACAGGCUAGUAUUGCCAUGUCUUCAAGUAUUAAGAGUUUAUUCAACCAACUCUGUAAAUGCAGUAUCUCUGGGAAAGAAUGGAGUAGUAGAACUGAUGUUUAAGAUUAUUGGCCCUUUUAGUAAAAGGAACACUAGCCUUAUGAAGGUUGCUUUAGACACACUUGCUGCAUUGCUAAAAUCAAAAACAAAUGCCAGGAGAGCAGUAGACAGAGGAUAUGUGCAGGCACUUAUAACGAUUUAUGUUGAUUGGCACCGUCACGACAAUCGACACAGAUACAUGCUGAUACGUAAAGGAGUGUUACAGUGCAUUAAAAGUGUUACAAACAUCAAACUGGGAAGAAAGGCAUUUCUUGAUGCCAAUGGGAUGAAAAUUCUUUACAACACUUCACAGGAGUGCCUUGCUGUAAGAACUCUUGAUCCUCUUGUCAAUACAUCCAGUCUAAUAAUGAGAAAAUGUUUUCCCAAAAAUCGUCUUCCUUUACCAACUAUUAAAAGUGCUUUCCAUUUCCAACUCCCAGUUAUUCCUGCCAGUGGUCCUGUGGCUCAGUUGUACAAUUUGCCUCCUGAUGUGGAUGAUGUAGUAGAUGAAAGUGAUGAUAACGAUGAUGCUGAAACAGAAUCAGAAAUUGAAACUGAAAUUGAUGAUGACAAGGACCAACAUUAUAAGAAUGAUGAUAUUGAGACUGAUAUUAAUAAACUGAAACCUAGACAGGAACUGGGAAGAUCCAUAGAAGAACUGAAAAUGUAUGAGCAAUUUUUCCCAGAACUUUCAGAAAACUUUCAGGAAUGGGACUUAGUUUCCAAGGAACCAAAGCCUUUUGUACCUGAUGCAAAUUUGAGUGGACCUAUUGUUGUUCCUACAGCCAGUGAGGAGCACUCUGCUGAAGCAAACCCAUCAACAAAAGGAGUUGCUUUAAAGGAGUGCAGUCCUUUAUUGACAGAGGACUACAAUAGAAGGCCAGUGUUUCUGGAACUACCAAAGAAAGAUAACAUGAAAGGCGGUAGUUUACAUCAGCAAAAUGAUCAAAGAAACAUGCUUCCAUCAUGCCAGUGUCUAAGCCAAGAAAUUGUGAAAGGCUUGGACAGAAUCAGUCUCCAGAACAGUGCAAAAAAUGAUCAAUAUUAUGGUACAGGGUGUGUACUAGAGAAGGAAAGCAAAGCUGGCAUUACCACACUUGCUUCUAGUAAACCCUGUGAGCAUGUUUCACCCUGUGGAGGUAGUCUCUUUGAAGGAUCAUCUGUCCAGCUGGGAAAACUCUGCUGCACUGGGGUGGAUUCAGAGGAGGAGGAGGAUUCCAGAUCUAGUUCAUCAGGAGAACAUGCCACGCUUCAAGUUUCUGAUGUAUCACCAGUUCAUGACUGUGAUCUUUAUCUUGAAAUGGUGAAGAACACAAAAUCUAUUCCGGAAUACUCAGAAGUGGCCUAUCCAGAUUAUUUUGGCCAUAUUCCACCCCCAUUUAAGGAACCUAUUCUGGAAAGGCGAUAUGGAGUGCAGAGGACAAAAAUCUGUCAAGAUAUUGAAAGGCUGAUUUAUCAAAAUGACAUUAUAGAUAGAGUUGUGUAUGACCUUGAUAAUUCGAGUUUUUCUGUACCAGAGGAGGCAGAUGUUCUGAAGUUUAAUUCCAAGUUUGAAUCUGGAAACCUGCGCAAAGUUAUUCAGAUCAGAAAAAAUGAAUAUGAUCUAAUUCUGAACUCGGAUAUAAAUAGCAAUCAUUAUCAUCAGUGGUUCUACUUUGAAGUCAGUGGAAUGAAAACUGGCAUUGGUUACCGGUUUAACAUCAUCAACUGUGAAAAGUCAAACAGUCAGUUCAACUAUGGUAUGCAGCCCCUCAUGUAUUCUGUUCAGGAAGCACUACGUUGUCGACCAUGUUGGACUCGUGUUGGGACAGAUAUUUGUUACUACAAGAAUCACUUUUCAAGAAGUUCAAUUGCUGCUGGGGGCCAGAAAGGAAAAUCCUAUUACACAAUUACAUUCACUGUGACUUUCCAACACAAAGAAGAUGUGUGCUACUUUGCUUACCAUUAUCCAUAUACAUACUCAACUUUAAAGAUGCAUCUUAGGAAGCUGGAAUCUAUGCACAACCCUCAACAGAUAUAUUUUCGGCAUGAUGUUCUCUGUAAGACCCUGGCUGGCAACAACUGUCCAUUAGUCACUAUUACAGCCAUGCCAGAGUCCAAUUACUAUGAACAUAUCUAUCAGUUCAGGAAUCGUCCUUAUAUAUUCCUGUCUGCUCGUGUGCAUCCUGGAGAGACUAAUGCAAGCUGGGUUAUGAAGGGAACACUGGAAUACCUUAUGAGCAAUAGUCCGAAUGCACAGUCUUUACGGGAAUCUUAUAUUUUCAAAAUUAUUCCCAUGCUCAAUCCAGAUGGUGUCAUCAAUGGAAACCACCGUUGCUCUUUAAGUGGAGAAGAUUUAAACAGACAGUGGCAAAAUCCAAAUCCAGAUCUGCAUCCCACUAUUUACCAUGCUAAAGGGUUACUGCAAUAUCUGGCUGCUAUAAAACGUUUGCCUUUGGUCUACUGUGAUUAUCAUGGUCAUUCUCGUAAGAAGAAUGUAUUUAUGUAUGGCUGCAGCAUCAAAGAAACAAUGUGGCAUACAAAUGUUAAUGCUGCCUCUUGUGACCUGAUGGAAGACCCUGCUUACAGGGCACUCCCCAAGAUCCUGAGUCACACUGCCCCCGCAUUCUGCAUGGGCAGCUGCAGCUUUGUAGUGGAAAAGUCCAAGGAAUCUACAGCACGAGUUGUUGUCUGGAGAGAGAUAGGAGUACAAAGGAGCUACACAAUGGAAAGCACAUUAUGUGGAUGUGACCAGGGCAAGUAUAAAGGAUUGCAGAUAGGUACAAGAGAACUGGAGGAGAUGGGAGCAAAGUUCUGUGUUGGCUUGCUGCGUUUAAAAAGAAUGUCCUCACCAUUGGAAUACAACCUGCCUUCUAAUCUGUUGGAUAUUGAAAAUGAGCUAAUUGAGUCAAGCUGUAAAGUGACAAGCCCCACUACAUAUGUUUUGGAUGAAGAUGAGCCUCGCUUCCUUGAAGAAGUUGAUUACAGCGCAGAGAGCAAUGAGGAAGACGUUGAAUUAGGUGAUAAUGCGGGUGAUUAUGAGGCAACUAAUCAAGAUGAUGGACUUUCAGACCCAGAUUAAACAAGAAUACACCUUUCUUGAACCAGCUUUGCUGCCAGUAACAGAAAAUAAAGUAUCCUGAAUUUCCAGUCAUAUACUUCCUUUCUGUUUUCUACAAAGGGGAUAAGCUUCAGUUAACACAAAUGACUGGGGCCUGCAUAGCUCAAGGACAGUAAAUAUUUCUGAUAAAUUUGCAUUUGUUUUAUUUAAGGAGUUCUGUGUAUUCUUUAAGCCCUAAAUAGAUACAUUUAUUUACCAGUUCAUUUUCUACUAAAUAGUACUGCAUGGCAUUUUGUGUCCUUAAGCCCUAUCUUCCCGGGAAGAUUGGGUUAUAAUCCAGAGAAACGGAUUAUAAUUUUUAGUGCGUCAGAGUACAGAAAAUAAUUUUUGGUGGUACAGUUCUUUGACUUGCUUCCUGAAAAAUAUAUAUGUACAGAUUUUCUAAAUUAAUUUGUGUAUGUCUGUGUAUAUGCGCGUGUGUAUACUGAGGUGAAGAGGUUAUUUUUUGACAUUAUUUCAAUGAUACUUGAUUGUGUUUGAAGCAAUGCAGUGCCUGCUCUGAAACAAUUCAGUAAUUACUAAAUUAAAAAUGAGAAAAUUAUGUAUGAAUUUUUGCACUUGUUUCUUGCUUCUUAUGAUUAUGUGGUUUUGCCACAGUAUUAGGUGAAAAUUCUUACUAAUGUCUGUUCAGAGUUCAGGAAUUUUGCACAGUGACCAAUGCAGCCUGUGCUUAGAAGAACUAGACUGUUGUAUAAAACUCACCCAUAAGAUAGGCAUGGUUUGAUUUGAAGAAGUUUUCUUGUUAAGUGUACUUGUCUCCAGGAAGAGGUCGGGUAUGUACACUCUAUGUAUAUUCAGCUACACGGCUGCUCCAUUUUUCUUGUUGAAUAUGCACGUAGUUAAAAACUGUUCACCUUACCGGAGGCACAUUAACUAUAUACCCAAUCCAACUGCUCUAAGGGGGAUAGUGCAUUUCGGUUUAAACCUUUUUGCCUGAUUGCAACCUAGUGCUAAGUCUGCUCUGAUAAGAAGAUUGGACUGUAACUUCCUGAGGUCUACUCCAGGCUGAAUAAUUAUUCUGUGGUUCUGUAUUCUUCAUGUUUAAAGUCAAGCUGUCAGGUAUGGAUUUACACUUCUUCUACUGUCGUCUUCUAAUUAUUAGUGCCUCUUGCCUCUGCUUAAAAUAAGAUCUAAUAGAGAAAUGAGGAGAGUUGUAGUCUGUGGUUUACAGAAUUGACAUGUUCUGCAAUGAAAAAUACUUUUCAAAAAUUAUUUUUACUUGAUGUGACCCAGUUGUGGCAUUCAUUUUCUUCCCUAUCUGCAAGGGCUUUAAGAACAUGAAGAAUAACAUUUCUAACUUAUACUAGGUUUUUAACUGAUUAGGAUUUUCUCUGUUUGUUGUUCCAAAUAAAACUGUAUUUCAGAGGGGAAGGGCAUCUUCAGUAGAGGGAUUUAAAAAGAAUAGAAUUUAUGAGAAUUAACUGUAUCAGUGUUUUUCAGCCAGGGGUUGGAUAUGCACCAGGAUCUGUUCUUUCAAAUUCAGCAUUGUUCGGUAAUGCCUGUCCAUAUUAUCCUGAUUCUGAAACUGGGGAAGGGGUUUUGAUUCCUUGUUAUAUGCGACUGUAUUUUUGUUUAAUGAUUUAAAUUUAUAUUAAUAAAGAUAUGGAGAGAGGUAGGGAUGGAAAACAUGGAAAAGUUGGAAACAUUUAGAGUCUUGUUCCUUGAUAAGUUUUUCUCUGUGGAAGUUAUCUUUCCUUGUGUUCUGUGAACUACAUACUGUAAAUAAGAAAAUUUAUUUAUUACCCUGUUGAAGAGGAGUCCUCUGCAUUGAAAGUAGAGGAAUUUGGGAACCUGUCAAAUGGAAGAAUUAACCUUGCCACAGAAUUUGAAUUAUUUUUCUGUCCAAUGACAGCAGUUCAAAAUGCUCAUAUUGCCCUGUCAGUCCUAUACUAGUUAUCUGCAUAAAUAGAUUUUCAUCCUUAAGGGCUCCUACUUCAGUGGGAGUAGUUUUCAUAAAUAAAAUUAUUCAUAAACAAUUUCACUUCAAUUUCAGAGAAUGCAGGAUGCCACAUGUUUGUUAACUGCAUUAUGCAUGUCUUCUUAGGUUUCAUUUGAAUUUGUAUUAAUCGUGGAAAACUAUUUUUAUACUACUGGCAAGACUAGAAAUAUACUUCAUCCAUUUAGAAAGAAUUGUGGCUUAGUAGUACAAAAUUGUCCUUUUCUCCUGAGUAUGUAUGUAUAUUUGUUCUUCUCAUGACUCCUACCACUUUUAAUCUGUGCAAGAAAAGAGUUAUCAGCUAUAUAAUGUCUCAGGAUAACAUGUUUAUACAUUAGAUUGUAAUGCAGUUAUGCAUUAGAUGUCACUUAGGUGUUAGAUGUCACUCUGGCAGCUGUUGGUCUGAGCUUCUGCCAGUGUAAUUCUAAUGCAGGAGAUGAAACUUUGUCCCUAUCUUACACAUUGUUGAAAAUGCAAAAAACAAAGAUAGUUACCUCAAACAUUUUCCAGUACUUGCCUUUUGAAAGGUAAAGUCUCCAUUUGUGCUCACGGGGAUGCCAGUUCAUGGGAAGAACUGCUGCAGUGAGAACUGCUCCAUACUGUUUAUUCCUUCUCCAGUACCUGUUGCCAUUGUUGCAGCGGUGUUGACAGACAUGCUGGUGCCCUCAUUUAUGUGUUUUGGUGGGAAGUCUGGUGUUUGGCUGAAAAAGGAAGAGCUAACACCUUGAGCACACAUUCCAUUCUAUUACUGUGGCAUUUGCCCUGAAGAAAUGGGCAGAAUGAUAGCAAAGAAUGGCAGCAUCUUGGACUGUCACAAAUCUCAUGCAAAUGGAGUGUCCCAGACAAUUGACUGUCUUUAUUCUAUGCAUUGGCAUUUCAAUGUGGCUUUGGUUUUAAAUGAUGGUGUGUGCUAUAAGCAUGACUGGUUCUGAAUAUGCAAAGACAAUAUCCCUAGAUCUUCCUCCAGUAAUAACAACCAAUAAGACUAUAAAAAAUAAUUACAUCUGGGUUAUUUACUGUCUUGCUUCUAAGUAAUUGCUGGACAAUGAAUCGCUUCAUUCCCUUUCCAGAAAUAAUUCAAGUUGCAUCACAAAUUUUGGUACUUCGUCUUCACUGGUGACAUCCCCUUGUGUAAUAUAAAUUAUAGCAAUUUGUGCCAAAAUCUUGCCUGGUCAUUUUUUGAGGUGGAUAUCUUUAUCAGCCUGACUUACCAGGGAGUUUGGUUUGAAUCUCAAAUAAGACUGCAGAAGCAGAAAACACUGUUCACAAAAUGCAAAAAUACAAGGUUUCAGAUAAUUUCUGUUGUAAUGCUAUGAUAGAUAUAAUUGUUGCAGUGUUAGUGUGCAUGCCCCAAAUACCAAUACUUACGAAUAAAAAUGCGUAAUAAAGGAUUACUUACAA